AUGGACAGCGGUAGCUAUCAACGAGGGCCAAUUAGUGAAAAACUCGAAGCGUUGUCAUCACAAGGUCAAGACAUGGGCGAACAACUGCGGCUACUACGGGCCAGAAAUGGAGAACUGGAGGGACGAGCGAAGGAGCUCAGCAGCCGUAAACUCUCGCUGCAGCAGAAACUGCUAAGCGUAGACGCAGAGCUAGGGCGCAAGGCAGCUGAGAGUAAUCUUCAGGCGGAAAACACAAACGACACCCGCUCACGCCUGCAGAAGGCAUUACGUCGCAAACAGGACCUUGUCUUCGCAAUUGCGUGGAUGAAGGCAGGCCUCGCUUGUGCAUCGCUUCACCAUAUCACGAGCCUGCGGCGAAACGUGAAUGCACUGAUGUCGACAAUGAUAUCCGGAGAAGGGUGUCUCGCAGAGAGUUCAGGCGAGACGCACGCCGCGCGACAACGGUCCACUGUGGUCACGAAGGAGCUGGAGAAGGGCGCAACACGUACGCAUCAUACUUUUCCUUCGCCGGUUCAUGAAGCCGACAACACAGAAGCGGCGCCGCCCUCCCCCUACAAGUUCGGGCGUCCGCAAAGUACCCACACAGCAAGAGAGACGUUCGAUCCUGGUCCUCAACGGAGGUUCAUGGCAUACGCCAAAGGCCAAUAA